CCUCUCUUUGUCCAAUUUGUAUCGCUCCUCUUUAAAAAAUCAUAAAAAAUUCCAAACAGUCAACCAAAUCCAAUUUUCCAAACUCCUCGCUUUCUCUCUCCUCGCUUUCUCUCUCUACAAUGGAUGCCUUGGAUUCAGUCGUCGAUCCCCUCAGAGAAUUCUCCAGGGACAGCAUCCGCCUUGUCAAGCGAUGCCACAAGCCCGAUCGCAAAGAGUUCUCUAAGGUUGCAUUGCGUACCGCGAUCGGAUUCGUUGUGAUGGGUUUUGUUGGAUUUUUCGUCAAGCUCAUCUUCAUCCCCAUCAACAAUAUCAUCGUCGGCUCCGUUUAGGUUUUAGUUACUGUGGAAACUCGAAGAGGAGAGAGGCAGUUCAACGUAAUACACAAUGUUUAGAAUGCUUAGCUGAUGAUAGGACUCAAGUAGAUGUAUUUUCUACCAGCGGCUUUUUUGUUUGUUUUCUGAAAUGUAUGUUAGUCAAUUGCCAUGAAUUAUCCGAUUCUCCAAUAUGCAUCUUGGAUUGAUUCUUUUUGCAAUGGAGUUUAGCUGUUUUAUUAA